UGUUUUUGUUCACCGAUGUUUGUUGCUGUUUCCUUGUGCGAGCAGAUCGUGUCGCGCUGUGACGUCUGUCUGCUGCAGGAUGUGGUCGAUUCCGAUGGAAAAGCAAUCCAACGUCUGGUUUCUUCGCUCAACAGGUAUGACCAACAUCGUUAUGAGGCUGUGGCGAGUGGCGCUCUGGGGAAGGCCUCUGACCUGCAGAAGUACGUCUUCAUCUACAAAACGCCCCUGGUGAACGUGACGGCGCAGCACCAGACGGCGGGAUCCGCCUUCCUCAGGCCUCCGUUUGUCGUCCAGUUCUACAGCAAGAAAACAGACAUCAAGGAGUUUAUUUUGGUUCCUCUCCACUCCGACCCUGACGAUGCAGUGCGGGAGAUCGACGGUCUCUAUGACGUCUUUCAGGAAGUCAGUGCAAUGUGGAACAACCAGAAUGUGAUGUUCCUGGGAGAUUUCCAUGCCGGCUGCGCUUACGUCACUCGCAACGACAGGAAGAACAUCCGACUCUUCACCAACACCAGCUUCACGUGGUUGAUAGGAGACCGAGAAGACACCACCGUCACCGAGAAGACCGACUGUGCAUACGACAGGAUCGUGGUUUAUGGAGAACCCUUCCUGAUGGCAACAAGGCCACAGUCUGGACGAGUCUUCAAUUUCGGCAAAGAGUUUAAGAUCAAUCGGAAUAGGGUGCUGGAUGUUAGCGACCACUUUCCAGUGGAGGUGAGAUUGAAAGGCUCCGCCUUCUUCCUUCAGGCCACGCCCCUGCUGAUCCUCCUCGGUGUCUCUGCAGUCAUCCAGUUCUUCGUUGCCGCUCUGUGAUCGUCUGUUUCUGUCUUCUCCUGGAUUUUAAUGAAGCAGUUUAUUAAUCUG